CACAAUGUGCUUAUUUUAAAGGAGGAUGAUUCUUUUCUAUACGCACUGUACAUAUAAUGGAGAGAAUAAGCAUAUUUGGCCUGCUGUCCUCUGGGAAUUGAGGAGAACGCGGCCUGUUAAAAUGAGUCUCUAUGAAGAGAGAGAGGAGGGGGAUGUUGUUCACUACGAGAACCAGAGAGCAUCAUCUUCAGAACCCAGUUGUGUGUCUAUGAAGAGUGAUGAAUCCAUGAGACAACCCCUUACAUUCAGUGAUGGACCAGGGACCUCCAACCCCAGAGAUGAACAGACUGGAGAGAUAGAACAGGAUUGUCACCUACCAGCAGAUAAUGAACUACAGAAAGUCAAAGACCAACACAAAACCAGCAUGAAGAAAAAGUAUGAGAGCUUAUUUGAAGGAAUCAAGCUACAAGAGAGUCAAACCCUCUUAAAUAGUAUCUACACACAACUCUACAUUAUAGAGGGAGAGAGUGAAGGUGUGAAUGAAGAACAUGAGGUUUUACAGAUGGAGAAAACUCCCAGAACACAACACUCACAAGACACUCCAAUCUACUGCAAUGACAUCUUUAAAGCCUCAGUUGAACCAGGACGUGAGGAGAAAGAGCAAAUCAAGACUGUUCUUACUAAAGGCAUCGCUGGAAUCGGAAAAACUGUCUCUGUGCAGAAGUUCAUUCUGGACUGGGCCGAGGGAAAAGCCAAUCAGGAUGUAGAUUUCAUGUUUGUGCUUCCAUUGCGAGAGCUGAACUUGAUCAGAGAGUAUCAGUACAGUCUUCACAGACUUCUGCUGGACUUUCAUCCUGAACUUCAAGAUCUGGACUCAAAGAUUUAUGAGGAGUGUAGAGCUGUGUUCAUCUUUGAUGGUCUGGAUGAAAGCAGAUUUACACUGAUGUUUUCAGAAGAUCAGAAAAUUUCUGAUGUGACUGAGACUUCAUCAGUGGGUGUGUUGAUAUCAAACCUCAUGAAAGGAAAGCUGCUUCCCUCUGCUCUCAUCUGGAUCACCACCAGACCAGCAGCAGCCAAUCAGAUCCCCUCCAAAUACAUCAACCGUCUGACAGAAAUUCAGGGAUUCAAUGAGCCUCAGAAGGAGGAAUAUUUCAGGAAGAGAAUCAGUGACCAGCAUCAAGCCAGCAGAAUCAUCUCACACAUCAGAAGAGCAAGAAGCCUCCACAUCAUGUGUCACAUACCCGUCUUCUGCUGGAUCUCAUCCACUGUGCUUCAAAAGCUCCUAAAAGAAGAUCUGAGUGCAGAAAUCCCUCAAACUCUGACUGAAAUGUACAUCCACUUCCUGCUGAUUCAGAUAAACAUGAGGAACCAGAAGUAUGAGGAGAGCGAUCCAGGGAAACUCCUGCAGUCCAACAGAGAAGUGAUUGUGAAACUUGCUGAACUGGCUUUCAAACAGCUGAUGAAGGGCAAUGUGAUGUUCUAUGAGGAGGACCUGAUUGAGUGCGGCAUAGACAUCACUGAUGCCUCAGUGUAUUCUGGGAUUUGCACUGAGAUCUUUAAGGAAGAAUCUGUGAUUCAGCACAGGAAGGUCUACUGCUUCAUACAUCGGAGCUUUCAGGAGUUUCUAGCUGCUUUCUAUGUGUUUUACUCCCAUCUGAUGAAGAAAAUGGAGUCAUUGCAUUUUUUUCUGGAUAACAGACAUGAGAGGUGCAUGUCUAAGCCAUACUCUUUGUGUGAGCUUCUAAAAUCAGCAGUUACUAAAACUCUUCAGAGUAAAAAUGGUUACCUUGAUCUUUUUCUGCGGUUUCUGUUGGGUAUCUCACUGGAGUCCAAUCAGAGACUCUUAGAGGAUCUACUGACACAAACAGAAAACAGCUCAGAGACCAUCAAAGAAAUCACACAGUACAUUAAAGACAAAAUUAAAGAAAGUUAUGGUCUCUUAGCUGAGAGAUCCAUCAGUCUGUUCCUCUGUCUUCUUGAAGUAAAUGAUCAGACUUUGUACAAAGAGAUUGAGGAGUUUGUGAAAUCUGGCAAACAUUCAGAGAAUAAACUCUCCCCUGGUCACUGCUCAGCAAUAACCUACAUUCUUCAGAUGUCAGAGGAGGUGCUGGAUGAAUUGGAUCUGAUGAAAUACAACACAUCAAAUGUGGGAAGAAGGAGACUGAUACCAGCUGUAAUUAACUGCAAAAAAGCUAUAAUUGCUGGAUGUCAUCUUUCUGAUCAGCACUGUGAAAGUUUGUCUUCAGCUCUGCAAUCAUCAAACUCCCAUCUGAGAGAGCUGAACCUGAAUAAUGACCUGCAGGAUUCAGGAGUGAAGCUGCUCUCUGUUGGACUGAAAAAUUCAGACUGUCAACUGAACAUACUGAGAUUACCAGGCUGUAGAUUGACUGGUGAGUGCUGCGAAAGUUUGUCUUCAGCUCUCCAAUCAUCAAACUCCCAUCUGAGAGAACUGGACCUCAGUAACAAUGGCCUGCAGGAUUCAGGAGUGAAGCUACUUUCAGAUGGACUGAAGAGUUCACAUUGUCAACUAAACACACUGAGGUUGGUCACCUGUAAUAUCACUGGUCAGUGUUGUGAAAGUUUGUCUUCAGCUUUACAGUCAUCAUACUCCUGUCUGAGAGAGCUUGACCUGAGUAACAAUGAUCUGCAGGAUUCAGGAGUGAUGCUGCUUUCAACAAGUCUGAAAAGUUCACAAUGUCAACUGAACAUACUGAGAUUGUCUGGCUGUAUGGUGACAGAGAAAGGCUGUGGUUAUGUGUCUUCAGCUCUGAGUUCAAACCCCUCACACUUGAGAGAGCUGGAUCUGAGCUACAAUCACCCCGGAGAUUCAGGAGUCAAGCUGCUCUCUGAAAAACUGGAGGAUCCAAACUGCACACUGGACAAUCUCAAUGUAGAUCAUGGAGGAGAGUUGAGGAUUACAGCAGGACUACACAAAUAUGCCUGUGAUCUCACACUGGAUCCAAACACAGCACACAAUCAUCUCGUUCUGUCUGAGAAUAGAAGAAAGGUGACACAUGUGGAAGAGUAUCAGUCAUAUCCCGAUCAUCCAGACAGAUUUGAUGGGUGUCCUCAGGUUCUGAGUAGAGAGAGUCUGUCUGGACGCUGUUACUGGGAGACUGAAUGGAGUGGAAAUGCUAUUAUCUCAGUGACAUAUAAAGGAAUCAGAAGGAAAGGAGGAAGUUGUUCCUGUGAGUUUGGAUACAAUAAAAACUCCUGGAGUUUGAUAUGUAUUAAUAAUAGAUUUACUGUCUGGCACAAUCUUAGUUCAAUUGACAUACGUGUCCCUUCACACUCCUCUAAGAGAGUAGGAGUGUAUGUGGAUGUGUCAGCUGGCACUCUGUCCCUGUUCAAGGUCUCUGACUCACACACACUCACACACUUACACACAUUCACCUCCACAUUCACCGAACCUCUCUAUGCUGGAUUUACAGUUUUUGAUUCAUUGUCUCUGUCAGGUUGAAAAGCCAGUACGCAACAACAGAGACAGCUUACCUUUGGUUUGACU